AUGGCCUCGUGCCGGUUCGGUGAAAGCAUGACAGCCAUGGCUGGAGAGCUGCUGUUAUAUAAGGCCUUCGCUCCCGACGAUGAUCUGGAGGUGGCGCUGCGCGGCGCGGCGUACGCGAACAGGACGCUGAUCCUGACCGUGCUGAACGAGGCGUACGCGGAGGAGGACGGCCUGCUCGACCUCUUCCUCCAGAGCAUGACGGAAGGGGACGGCACAGCGCAGCUCAUCGACCACGUCCUCUUCGUGGCCAUGGACCGGCAGGCCUUCCGGCGGUGCAGGAGCCUCGGCGGCCUCAGGUGCUACCUGCUCCGGCAGAGGUACGGCACCCACGCCGACGAUGACCUCGCGUCGGAGCAGCUCUACAUGUCCGACGGCUUCAUACGCAUGAUGUGGCGGCGGAUCCGCUUCCUCGGCGACGUGCUCAAGCACGGCUACAACUUCAUAUUCACUGAUAUGGACGUGAUGUGGCUGAGGAACCCGUUCCCGAGGCUGGACCUUGGCGACGGCGGCGAGGACCUCCUGAUCAGCUCCGACAAGUUCAACGGCGUGGCGCGCGACUACGUCGGCAACGAGCUGAACACGGGCUUCUUCUUCGUGGCCUCCAACGGCCGGACGACGGCGCUGUUCGACGAGUGGCACGCGGCGCGGCGGGGGUCGCCGGGCAUGAAGGAGCAGGACGUCCUCAACGCAAUGAAGCGGCGCGGCGCGUUCCGGCGGCUCGGCGUGCGCGCGCGCGUCCUGGACACGGCACGCUUCAGCGGCUUCUGCCAGGACAGCCGCGACGCGGCGCAGGUGGCCACUGUGCACGCCAACUGCUGCCGCACCAAGCGGGCCAAGGUCGCCGACCUCAGGGCCGUCCUCCGCGCCGCCAGGCGGCUGAACACAACGGCAGCGGGGCUGAGGUGGCCGCCGCACUCGGAGUGCGUGAAAUCGUGGGCGUGAGAGGUGAGACCAGGAACGCUGGUCCUGAGGUCUGGUCGUGUUCUUCUUGCCGUGUCUAUCCAGGUAACAAUGCAGGGCAGCAUUGUAGCACUCGUCAUACUUUUAACAUAUUGUUUUUUGUUAACCAAAAAUAGGCAAUCUGAUGGUAAAAAAAAAGAAAGAACUUAAGCAAUUCUGAUCUGUAAAGUGCAGGAAACAACUUCCUUUGGUAAUUCGGGAAGGUAUGCUUUGUUGCUUUACACUUGACCCAUCAGACAUCCAGCAUUGCAAGCUUGAUUGACGUGACGUGUCACGAA